AUGGGAUACUCGCUAAUGAUCAGUUCAACAAAUCAAGCGACUAUUGCGAUGGCUGCUCGGUACCUGAAGCCGAUGGACGGGCGAGGCGAUCAGCAUUCAGUGGAGUCGAUGAGCAGCCACUCGGAGACUGAGGAGCCCUCGGGCCACAAGAACACCUUCACCGAGGACGACACUUCCAUGCUCACCCAACACUCUGAAUAUGUCACCGAGCUGCUCGACGAACGUGCCCGUCUCGGCAAACCGGAGCAACCCUUCAAGCAUCUGCCGCGCCUUAUCGAGGCCGAGAUCAACCGCUUUUUGGGGAGCCUGCCUACGGAGAGCAGCCGCACCGAAAAACUGCCCAAGCGCAUCAUGCUCCAGGAGAAGUUGAUCG